AAAAAACCUUUUCACUUCCACCCCCGGACACCCUCCCGGCCCCGCUACAUCCUCACCCCGGGACAGCGAGGUGCGGUGGGUGCCCACCCUCGUCGGGGGACACCAUGGGGACACCCCCUCGUGUCCCCCUCGUCCUGCUGCUCCUGCUGGCGGCGGAGAGGACUGCCCGUGGCACCUUCCCCGAGGAGCCCGGACCCAUCGCCGUGGCCCCCGAGGACUACGUCAAGCACUACGCCGUGUUCGUGGGGCACGGCGCGAGCCGCCCGGCUGGCCCCGAGGCAGGGGGCACUCAGCGCCUCAACAUCCAGCGCAUCCUCAAGGUCAACAGGACCCUCUUCAUCGGGGACAGGGACAACAUCUACCGGGUCAGUCUGGAGCCCACCAGUGCUGGGGAGAUGCGCUACCACCGGAAGCUGACAUGGCGUUCGAACCAGCAUGACAUCAGCAUCUGCCGGAUGAAGGGGAAACACGAGGCAGAGUGCAGGAACUUCAUCAAGGUGCUGCUGGUGAGGAACCAGAGCCUGCUCUUUGUCUGUGGCACCAACGCCUUCAACCCAGUCUGUGCCAACUACAGCAUGGACACCCUGGAGCCCGUCGGGGACAACAUCAGCGGCAUGGCUCGGUGCCCCUACGACCCCAAGCACGCCAACGUGGCCCUCUUCACAGGGGGGAUGCUCUUCACCGCCACGGUGACCGAUUUCCUGGCCAUCGACGCCGUCAUCUACCGCAGCCUCGGCGACAGCCCAACCCUCCGCACCGUCAAACACGACUCCAAGUGGUUCAAAGAGCCCUACUUCGUGCACGCAGUGGAGUGGAGGAGCCACGUCUACUUCUUCUUCCGCGAGAUCGCCAUGGAGUUCAACUACCUGGAGAAGGUGGUGGUGUCGCGGGUGGCGAGGGUGUGCAAGAACGACAUGGGGGGCUCGCAGCGGGUGCUGGAGAAGCAGUGGACCUCCUUCCUGAAGGCCAGGCUCAACUGCUCCGUGCCAGGGGACUCCCACUUCUACUUCAACGUCAUCCAAGCUGUGACAGACAUCCUGGAGCUGGACGGGCGCCCCGUGGUGCUGGCUGUCUUCUCCACACCUGCCAACAGCAUCCCUGGCUCUGCCGUCUGCGCCUUCGACAUGACCCAAGUGGCUGCUGUCUUCGAGGGACGUUUUCGGGAGCAGAAGUCACCUGAGUCCAUCUGGACACCUGUGCCAGAGGACAUGGUGCCAAAGCCACGGCCCGGGUGCUGCGCGUCCCCGGGGAUGCGCUACAACUCCUCCAGCACCUUCCCCGACGAGAUCCUCAACUUCGUCAAGACUCACCCGCUGAUGGACGAGGCUGUGCCUGCGCUCGGCAACGCCCCCUGGAUCCUCCGCACCAUGAGCCGGUACCAGCUCCGCAAGAUCGUGGUGGACAAUGCGGCAGGGCCAUGGGGCAACCACACCGUGGUCUUCCUGGGCUCCAGCACGGGCACUGUCCUCAAGUUCCUCAUCCAGCCCAAUGCCAGCACCAGCCCCUCACCUGCCACCCCUGGCAGCCAGAGUGUCUUCCUGGAGGAGUUUGAGACCUACCACCCUGGGAGGUGUGGCCGGGACACCGAGGAUGAGCGGCGGCUGCUGGGGCUGGAGCUGGACAAGGCAGCAGGGUCCCUGCUGCUGGCCUUCCCCCCGUGCGUGGCCAGGGUGCCAGUGGCUCGCUGCCAGCAGCACUCAGGCUGCAUGAAGAAUUGCCUCGGGAGCCGGGAUCCCUACUGUGGCUGGACACCGGAGGGCUCCUGCAUCUUCCUGGAGCCCAGCCCCAGGGUGACCUUUGAGCAGGACAUCGCUGGUGGCAGCACAUCCCACUUGGGCGAGUGUGAGGGGCUGGUGACGGAGAGCUUCGUGGAUGAGCCGGACGGGCUGGUGUCGGUGAACCUCUUGGUGAUCUCCUCCGUCGCUGCCUUCGUCAUCGGCGCUGUCAUCUCCGGCUUCAGCGUCUGCUGGUUCAUCGGCCACCGGGACCGCAAGGAGCUGGCCCGCCGCAAGGACAAGGAGACCAUCCUGGCACACAGCGAGUCGGUGGUGAGCGUCAGCCGGCUGGGCGAGCGGCGGGCACGGGGCGGGCAGCCCGGCGCCUUGCUGGCCCCGCUCAUGCCCAACGGUUGGCCCAAGGAGCUGGCGAAGGUUACCCAACACGACCUGGACUCGGGGGUCUUGCCCACGCCGGAGCAGACCCCACUGCAACAGAAACGUUGUCCCGGAGCCCUCCAAAACUGCACCUGGGAGCAGAGUCACAACAUCAUCAACGCCGCCUUGCGGGACCCCGGUGGAUCCGGCACUACCGGCACCGGGCGGCUGCACUCUGGCUCCGGCCGCUCCGCCCGCGGCAUCCCCCUCUCCUGCCACGCCAUCCUGGUGGACCAGGAGCUGGAGGCUGAACUCAGCGACUCCUCGGGCGAUGGACAUUGGGGUCGAGACACUCAAGAGGGUCCCCGCACCCGGCAGCACCCACCCGCCGGUGCCCGUCGCCCGCCCCGCAACUCUUACGGCGACUUCUCCAGCACACCGCACCCCAGCCCCGACCGCCGGCGGGUGGUUUCGGCACCCGGUGGGGAAGGGGGAGACUUUACCGAGGGGCCACCCUGGCACCCCGAGCAGCUGAACUUCAAUGCCAACAACGGCACUGGCCGCCCCGGUGCCCACCUCAAGAGGAACCACACGUUCAACAGCGGCGAGGCGUCGGCGGGCGGUUACGGGCGGCACGGCACGGCACAGCGGGCAGCCAGCGCCGGGCACCCGCGGGCGCUGACGGACCUGCACCACCUCCUGCGCUACGGCGUGGAGCGGACUCCCUCGGGAAAAUAGGGUCCCACCGACCGCGUGUCCCCCCGAAAAUGACACCUCCCAGGACACUGAUGGGGUCCCCUGGCUCCCCGGGGACAAAGAGAAGUGGCCGGGCAGGAGCUGCGGGUAUGGGGUGAGGUGCUGUAGGGGUGGGUGGGGGACAGACACCCCCUGGGUGCCCCCGAAUAGGGUUUGGGGGUGUCCCUAGCUGGUGUGGGGCAGUGCCCUACGUUCUGGCUGCUUUACCCAGGCAGGAGGGGGUCCAUCCUGUUCCCUCUUCAAGUCGGCCCCAGGGACCACAGCACCCUGGGAGGGGGAUCCCUGGGGUGCAGCAGGAUGGAUGCCCAGCCACGGGCGUAGCUGAGGCAGAGCAGGGCUGUGACACUCACCCUGCAGCCCCUCGUGGGUGUGUGUGUGAGGGCUUAUGGGUGCUGCCAGCACUCUGGGGACACCUGGCCAGGGGGGUGCCACCAGGAUGAGUUGGCUGUGAUGAUGGGACAUGGUUAAUAUUUAGGGUACAGGGGGGUGGAGGGGCCCCAAAUGUGUGUUACCUGGGGGUUGGGCACACUUACCCCCCAACCCCUGCCCAGUGCCAGCUUGUGGAGGGGGUGGGGGCUCAUGCACCCCUCCUUGGCAUCCCCCUCUUGGAAAGCACAGCCCAGGGAGAUGGGAGUGGGGGCACCACUGGGACUGGGGGUCCCCACUGAACCCACUCUCUGCUGGCAAAGGGUGCCCUUUCGGUGCCACUCUGUCCGGCUCCGGGGUGGCCUGGGGUGGCAGGGGAGGGUGGGGGGGUGGCAGGCUGUAAAUAGGGUGGGGGGCACAGCGAGUGCCCCUCCCCCCAAUGUGGCCAUGCAUGCGGCCGCCCGCGGUCUGUACCCCGCGGCCCCAAUAAACACCCGUUUACUGGA